AUGUUGAGUAAAGGGACCGACUCCAAGAAACGAUUGGAAGAGGCCAACCGUAUUAUAUGGCAACAAGCGCAGAAUCCUGCAGGUGGCGUUGGUCCAACGCUUCCUGUGUCUGCUCCACAAGAAGGCACGUUGCUACACCAUAAUGUCCCAGCUAUGGAUAUUGGAAUUGAACCGUCGGCGAAACGACCAAGAGUCGAUACGGCUACGGUUAUUCCGCCGCCACCACCUCCUCCUCCUCCUCCACCGCCGCUUGUACCUCAAUCCAAUUCAAUUGUACCUCCCCCUGGGUUUUCUGCUGCUACAGAAGAUCCGUUUACAAUUUCAGGCUCCGCACCUUCUCAAGGGCUCACAGAAGGGAAUGAUCUAUUGUCCGAAUCCGACUUCGUCGCAUCGCUGAGCAAGCCAGAAGUUACCUUGCAGAUUCGGGUACCAAACGACCCGACGCAAAUGGCUUGGAAUUUCUACGGUCAGAUUGUUUCAUUAUCUAUUAAUGUGAAGUCUACAGUUAAAGUAGUCAAGCAAGAAGUCUCACGGGUCAACCUUAACAAUAUGCCGGCGAACAAAAUUCAGCUAAAGAAUACCGCUACGGGAGCUUUUCUCAAGGACAGCUUGAGUCUGGCAGCUCUCAACCUUGGUCCGAGCGCAAGUCUGGAACUAGUACCAAAAACGAGAGGUGGUAGAAAAUAAGUGGUAUCUAUUAUGCGGGUAUAGGUCAUUACUUUCUUCAAAGCAACUUGUCAGGUAGCCAUGGAUUAUUUCUCUUGAGCAACCUAUAGUAGUAAAGAAACAGAGGUUUAGAAAAUGUCG